AUGCCGAUGAAACGCAGCAGUGAGUCUUCGGCCGCGGACGGCGUCUUCCUCGUCCACGCUCUGACCAAGACUUUGUGCAACUCCCCAGAGGAUGUGAACGGACGUGUCCAUCAGGAGGACGAGUCAGGCAUUAAAUCAGAGGCCGAGGACGGUAACGAGACGCCGUCGUCUGAGGAGGACCAGGACCUGGUGGACUACAACCUGAGCCUCAAAGCCACCACGACCACGUCCAGGAAGAGCAUCAGUCAGAUCAUCAAAGACAAGAAGAAGCAGACGCAGCUCACCCUGCAGUGGCUGGAGGAGAAUUACAUCGUGUGUGAAGGUGUGUGUUUGCCUCGAUGCAUCCUUUACGCUCAUUAUCUGGACUUCUGUCGCAAAGAGAAGCUGGAACCGGCCUGUGCUGCCACCUUCGGAAAGACGAUCCGACAGAAGUUUCCUCUGCUGACGACGAGACGCCUGGGAACCAGAGGACACUCCAAGUAUCACUACUAUGGAAUCGGUAUCAAAGAGAGCAGCGCCUACUACCACUCGGUGUAUUCUGGGAAAGGUCUGACCAGAUUUUCAGGCAGCAAACUCAAAAAUGAGGGAGGUUUCACCAGGAAAUAUUCUCUGAGCUCUAAAACUGGGACGUUGCUUCCAGAUUUCCCCAGCGCUCAACAUCUGCUCCUGCACGGAAACGUCUCCAGAGAAAAGGUGGACACUCUGAUCAUGAUGUAUAAAACCCACUGUCAGUGCAUCCUGGAUAACGCCAUCAAUGUCAACUUUGAGGAGAUCCAGAACUUCCUGCUCCACUUCUGGCAGGGCAUGCCUGACCACCUGCUGCCACUGCUGGAAAACCCCGUUAUCGUCGACAUUUUCUGCGUCUGCGACUCCAUCCUAUACAAGGUUUUAACCGAUGUUCUGAUUCCUGCUACGAUGCAGGAGAUGCCUGAAAGUUUGUUGGCAGAUAUCCGUAAUUUCGCCAAACACUGGGAACACUGGUUAGCGUCUUCUCUGGAGAACCUCCCAGAAUGCCUUGCAGUGAAAAAGCUCCCGAUCGCUCGGCGCUUCGUCUCCUCUUUGAAGAGACAGACGUCGUUCUUACACCUGGCACAGAUUGCCCGUCCAGCGCUGUUCGACCAGGCUGUGGUCACCAGUAUGGUGGUGGACAUUGACAGCGUGGACCUCAGUAACAUCAGCUCCCAGCCUCUGCUCAGCGUUAGCGCCACAGGAGACCACGAACCUGAGAUCUACUCUGAGUAUGAUUCCAUCAGCGUCUUCCAGGAACUGAAGGAACUGUUGAGGAAAAACGCCACCGUGGAGUCGUUCAUCGAGUGGUUGGACUCUGUGGUGGAGCAUAAAGUCAUCAAGCCGGGGAAGCAGAGCGGCCGCUCAGUGAAGAAACGAGCGCAGGAUUUCCUCCUCAGGUGGAGUUUCUUCGGUGCCAGAGUCAUGCACAAUCUGACGCUCAACAACGCCUCCAGCUUUGGGUCCUUCCACCUGAUCCGGAUGCUGUUGGACGAAUACAUCCUACUGGCUCUGGAAACCCAGUUCAACAACGACAAAGAGCAGGAUCUGCAGAACCUCCUGGACAAGUACAUGAAGAACGCAGAUGCCAGUAAAGCCGCCUUCAUGGCCUCGCCCAGUUCCUGCUUCCUGGCCAAUCGCAACAAGGCCGGCGCUGCCACCGACCAAUCAGUGAAGAACGAGUCUCUGGGAGAACACGCCUACAUGUCUCUGUCCACCAAUCAGCAGCAAAGUCUGGAGGCCGGUACCGGGGUCUACCAGGGGUCCGACCCAGCAGGGUUCACCAUCACAGGGGCUCAGGUGGACUUCUCCCAGGUCAGCGGACCCCUCAUGACUCCGCCCAUCUCUCCGGCGGCGCUGGUUCACCGAGGCUCCGUCAUCAACCAGGGUCCGAUGGCAGGACGACCCCUGACUUCCUCCUCCUCCUCCUCUUCCUCCUCCACCUCCUCCUCUUCCUCCUGCCUGUCUUCUCUCAGUGCCUUGACCCAGCCCAGCCCCUGCUCCUCGUACCCGGAGACCCUGUACCACUGCUUACCUCAGACCAGCUCCGCCUACUUCCCUCCGGUCAGCGCAUCCUCCACCUCCAACUACCAAACUGGUCUCAGACCUCAGACCCAGACCCAGUGUCUGUCCUCAGUCCAGUCCCAGGCCUCCUCGUUGGGGUACCCCCUCUCUCGUUACCCCUCCUUCAACGACCAGCAUCUGACCAAAGACAUCUUCUACGGUCAUCACCACCCGUCUCUUCAUCACUCCUCCUCCUCCUCCUCCUCUAACUGCCUGACCCCUUACGGCUCUGUGGUCCGGUCCACAUCCAGCUACGGCUCCGCCUCAGAUCCGGUUCAGGCUGAUCAGGGCCUGGACCCUCAGAUCCUGGACUCAGCAGAGGGUUUUGGCUUCGUCGGGGCUGGACUGAACCCUCCAGGGGGUGGGUGUCAGGGGUCGUACUCUGCAGCAGCGCACGGUGGUUACUAUGGCAACAGCAGCUACCUGGACAGCCAGCGGAUGACGUCACUGGUCGACCAACACGUGUCCGUCAUCAGCAGCGUCGGCAGUCUGCGUCCUUUCCCUUCGACGUACUCCGAAGUCCAUGACCCGCUGAACAUCCUGGACGAACCGGGACGGAAAACGAGCGCAGGGUUUUUCACAGAGGCUGAAACUGCAGCAGGUGAGAAACAAAAUCACCCGCUGCCGUCGUCAGGCUCUGCCCCCUGCAUGUUCGGCGUUUCCUCUCUGUUCACGUCGCAGGAUGUCCUCAUGUCGCAGCAGCGCGUGGCGUCCUCGUCGGAGGUUCACGACCUGGUGUCGUCGCUCCCUCCCAUCAACACCGUCUUCAUGGGCGCCGGAGGAGUCCAGUGA